AUGUUCCGUGGAAGGGAGAUCGGGUGGAUGUAUACUCGGAUUGGACCCGGAUGGUUGCUUGGACGUCACAACAUUAUCGGGAGAAAAGAGAUUGAGCAACCGGAGGAUUGUUGCGGUCGAGCUAUAGUGAUUGGAGGUUGGCUAAAUGGGGUGAAAGAUGGUGGUGCGACUAGAAAUGGCUUUGAGGAUGUUUAUCGAUGCGAAGUUAUGGACAUUAUGAAAUUACCGAUUCAUCGUGAAGAUGAGAAGAUGAAAAAGUACGUGAGUUACGUGGAGAAUUUGGAGAAUUUAGAGAAUGGAAUGGUGGAUUCUUUUGGGAAUAAUCAUGUUGGUGCGAAGGACUUAGUUGUGUAUAUUGUGAUGCUCUCACCUAGAACUAUAGAGGCCUUGAUUUGA